CGAAAUCGAAAGUCAAAACAGAGACAGACCCCACUGGAUGAAGGGGACCCCAAACGAAGGCCAGUCCGAUCUCUCAAUGGAGUCCCAGGCGCCGGGCAGGGGCGAGGAGGGCACGAAAGCCCUAUACCUCGCACCCGAGGUGAUCGGCAACGGUACUGCGGCGGGGGCCGUGGCGGUAGACGCGAUGGUGUCGGUCGAGGCGGGCGGGUCCGGCCUGCCGAAGCCGGAGCCCGUCCCGGUGGAGUUCCUGGGCAGCGGCGGACUCCAGUUAUCCAAACCGCGUCCCGCACCGCGUUACCGCGACCGGCACACCAAGGUGGAGGGCCGCGGGCGGCGCAUACGCAUGGCGGCGGCGUGCGCGGCGAGGGUGGCCCGCCUCACACGGGACCUAGGGCACAAGUCCGACGGCGAGACCAUCCGCUGGCUGCUGCAGCAGACGGAGCCAUCCAUCAUCGCUGCCACGGGCACGGGCACGGUCCCCGCGAUCGCCAUCACGGGCACCGACGGCGUCCUCCGCCUACCCGCCGAGCCGGCAUCCGAGGACGCCAGCGGCGAGCAGCAGGAACCGGCCCCCAAGCGCCGGCGCAAGCUCCAGCCGACGCGCGCCGCGGUGGGACCCGCGGUACCUGCCCCCGCGGCGUACUACCCGGUCGUCGCUGACCCCCGCCUCCAAGCCAACGGCGGCGGCGCGAUUUCGGUGUCCAGCGGCCUUGCCCCCGCCUCUGCCCCCGCGGCGCCCGCCGGCGCCAUUCCGUUCAUCGCCAUCGCGGCGCCGAGGCCCAGCGCAGCGGGCGAUGGCAAACAGAUGAUUCCGCCUGCGGCUAUGUGGAUGGUUCCGCAGCAGGCCGGCGCGGGCAACCAGCCAACUCACUAUUGGGCUUUCACAACCAAUUCUGAAUUCCUCAGUUACCAGCAGCAAUCUGUUUUCCAGCAGCAAGUUGUCUACGAUGGGGAGCAGCUUGUUGGCGACGGAGAAUCGCAAGGCCAGCAGACCGGUGGUUACCAGCACGGGGACGGGGAGGGGGUGGACGAAGAGAUUGCCGUGACUGAUUCCAGUUCGGAAGAGUAGCGGCGCAGCAUUCUGAAGCUCAGUCAACUGCCUAAUUCCAAUCCAAACUUCCAAAGAGUAGGUCAGAAUUACCAGUCUAACUUUCUUCUCAUUUGUCCUUUCCUUUGUAGUAGCAGCAGCAGUGAAAAGUAGUUAAUAGGGUGAUGCUAUUUGCGAACUGGCUACUCGCUAGUUUGCGUGAUCGCAUUGGAAAUUUGGAACUGUAUUUGGGAGAGCGGUGUUUACCCUUAUCUUACCCUGGCCCUAUGGGAUGCACAACUUUUGGGGGCGUUUGGCGCCUAUGUGGCUAUGCCUAUACGAAGAUCUCAUUAUUUAGAC